AGUCAAAAGACAAAACUCAAAGUCGACAACAACAUGAAAAAAAUCCGAAGCGUUGUCCGAGAGCUGAUUUUGAUUUCAUGAUUGAAUUCUAAUCUGUUUUAAGUUAGUUUAAAAGUUUUCAAAACAAAAUUACCAAUUCAACUAUGACAAAUUGUAUAAAACCUUUAGUUUUCUGCGAAGGAUGUUUGUCGACUGAUAGAAAGCUAGCAGAUGUCGGAGAAUUCUAUGAUAUUUACGUUAAACUAUUUAUUGAUGAAGCAUCCAGUAAGCUCUCAAAGAACCCUCUCUUCUGCUGGGAAUGUAAUGCUAUGUUGCGAACAAUACACAAGUUUCGAGAGAGAGUUGAACAGGCCAAUAGUUACCUAAAUGAAGGGUUGAAUAACUCUAUAAAUAAAAAGAUCUGCCUAUCGAAUUUAUCAAUAUCAAAUGUAUCAGAUAAUAUCAUAUAUGCAAUACAUAGUGAAGAUAAUGAACUAAAUAAUUUUAAAGUUGAAGAAAGUGCAGUCAAUGAUUAUUUUAAUAAUAUACCCUUACUAAAUGAAACAUUGAUUCCGCCAAUAGAAUUAAAAGCUGAGAACAGCCCUAAUGAUUCCGAUUUCGAAAAUGACUUUUCUAUCGACACAGAUUAUGUCAAUGUAGAAAUAGAGAAAGUGGACACAGAUAAUAUAGAGGAUGACAAAAAAAUUGUUUUAGAGAAAUGUGCCAUAGACAAAACACGUAAACCCAAACGUCGAAAGUCGUACACAAAUGUACGAUACAUUGUUAAGGAAUUAAGUAAAGAAGAGAUGAGCGUUAUGCGAAAGAAUUGCAAGCGAGUGGUAAUGGAAGACGAUGAAAUCGCGUUGUGGCGGGAAAAGGCGAAAUUGGCGCGAAACUACAGAGUGAGGGCGUAUAAAUGCGAGACUUGCAUAUCUGGGUUUGCCAAAAAGCAACAUUACGAUGAGCACGUUAAGAAAUUCCAUACGAAGACGAGCGGCGAAUACGAAUGUGACAUAUGCAAUCAGCGGGUACCGGACCGUCGGUUGCCGUCGCACGCCAAGCUGCACAACACGAAGUACGUGUGUUGUGUGUGCAGCGUGGAGUGUCACCCGAUACAUAAUUUGGAUUCCCACUUGAAUUCAAUGCAUAAAACCGUUGUCGAAUGUAUUAAAUGUAAAUUGCAGUUUAGGCAUCGCAUGGAAUGCAAUUCGCAUUACAUAAAAACGCAUAUGCGGGUCAUAUGCGAUUACUGCGGUAAUGGUUUCACGUCGAAGAAGAGGUUGAUCAACCAUAUUGGAUCACGCCACACAGAGCACAGAUGCAAAAUCUGUGAUAAACUAUAUACUUCAUUAGAUACGCUGAAGAGGCAUAAUCUGUCAGCGCACGUGAAAUCAGUAUCCGAGGAGACGUACUGUGUGGAGUGCAAUAUGCAUUUCAAUAACGAAUAUCUGUUUAAACGUCACUUGUUGACAAGCACGAAGCAUAGACAAAAGAGGUUUCCCUGCCCGGAGUGCGAUAAAGUUUACCAUAAACGGACGACAUUGAAUAACCACUAUAAUCAUGUGCACUUACAGAAGACUAAGAACUAUUGUGAGCUGUGUGACCGAUAUUUCCUAACGGGAUUCCGGCUGAGACAACACAAGGCGCAUACGCACGACCAUUUGCCGAAGCCAAAGACAAAGAUGUGUUCAAUAUGUGGGAGAGCUUUUAAUACGAAUCGUAUCCUACAAAAUCACAUGAGAACGCAUACCGGCGAACGGCCGUUCCACUGUGAUUUCUGUACAGCGUCUUUCACACAGAAGAACGCUCUGGUCUCGCAUACGAGAGCGAUACACAAAGUGAAUUAAAUAAAUAAACAAUUUA